AUGUCUUUGGGAUCGUUUCGUGUAAACGUUAAAAAAUGUUUUAAUAAUAAUAAUAAUAAUAAUAAUAAUGUGAAAAGAUGGAUAUCGCAUACGGAAAGGAAAUCAGAUCAAUUUAUGACGUUAAAUUGUGACGUCGAUUGGGCGAUUGCUAAACCUUACAGUGCCGUACCUGGACCGAAACCUUUACCAUUGAUCGGUAAUACUUGGAGACUUUUACCAUACAUUGGACAGUAUCAAGUAUCGGAUUUGGGAAAAGUAUCGAAAAUAUUAUAUGAUACCUACGGAAAAGUUGUAAAAAUGUCUGGACUUAUUGGAAGACCGGAUUUGUUAUUUUUAUACGAUUGUAACGAAAUAGAAAAAGUUUACAGGAACGAAGGACCGACACCGUUCAGACCAUCCAUGCCAUGUUUGGUCAAUUAUAAAAGUCAAGUAAGAAAAGAUUUUUUUGGAGAAAUGGGUGGAGUCGUCGGAGUACACGGUGAACCCUGGAGAAAAUUCAGGACGAAAGUACAGAAACCCGUAUUACAAAUUCAAACUGUCAAAAAGUACAUACAACCCAUCGAAGAAGUCACGCUGGAUUUUAUCAAUAAAAUCGAAAAAAUGAGAGAUGAAAAUUUAGAAAUGCCAAAAGAUUUUGAUAACGAAAUACACAAAUGGGCACUGGAGUGUAUCGGUAGAGUUGCUUUAGACGUUAGAUUAGGUUGUUUAAAUGAUAACUUAUCACCGGAUUCGGAAUCGCAAAAAAUAAUUGAAUGCGCACGUUACGCACUUAGAAACAUCGCCAUAUUGGAAUUGAAAGCACCCUUCUGGAGGUACAUUCCGAGUUCAUUAUGGACGCGUUACGUUAAAAACAUGGAUUAUUUCGUAGAAACCUGUAUGAAACACAUAGAUGCCGCCAUGUUGAGAUUAAAAGAGAAAAAGUCUGUGAAUGAAAAUGAUUUAUCGCUCGUUGAAAGAGUUUUAGCAAGCGAAACGAAUCCGAAAACUGCAUAUAUAUUAGCACUUGAUUUGAUAUUAGUAGGAAUCGAUACGAUUUCUAUGGCUGUUUGUUCGAUAUUGUAUCAAUUGGCAACGAGACCUUUAGAACAAGAAAAAAUGUUUUUAGAAUUGAAAAAAAUUUUCCCCGAUCCAAAAUCUAAAAUCACGUCGAAAAAUUUAGAUGAAUUACAUUACACGAAAGGUUUUAUACGGGAAGUUUUUAGAAUGUAUUCGACCGUUAUCGGAAACGGAAGAACUCUACAACAGGAUACAGUAAUCGGUGGUUAUCAAAUACCAAAAGGAGUACAAUUAGUAUUUCCGACAUUAGUUACCGGAAACAUGGAAGAAUACGUUACGAAACCAAAUGAAUUUUUACCGGAAAGAUGGAUUAAAAAUACCGGAUCUGACGUACAAUAUAAAUUUCAUCCAUUUUCAUCUCUUCCAUACGGACACGGUUCUCGUAUGUGUUUGGGAAGAAGAUUUGCCGAUUUGGAAAUACAAGUUUUACUUGCUAAGUUAAUUCGUAACUACAAACUCGAAUUUUUACAUAAUCCUCUCGACUACAAAGUAACAUUUAUGUAUGCCCCUGAUGGCGACCUUCAAUUUAAAAUUACGAAUAGAAAUAAUUGA